AAGACCAUAACAAGUUUCUUCUGCGUUACAUACAGUUAGCAAAAGUUGACAUUUAUAAAAAAUAUAAAUAUAUAUUAAUAGACACAUAAAGGACAUCACCAUGAGUGUUUCCCGGCUAGCGUAUCCGCUUAAUGUAGCCCUUCAUAAAUUCGCUCAACAAACUGCCUGCAGCAACAACAUUGUACGUCGUCGGAUGUCAGGUGUUACUUUCCGCAGCGGUGCCUUCAAGCCCAAACCGUCGGAGAUGCCUUUUGGCCUGUUGGCUAUCUUCUGUGCCGUGAUUCCUGGACUCUUUGUGGGCGCCACUAUCAGCAAGAACGUGGCAAACUUUUUGGAGGAGAACGAUUUGUUUGUGCCCGCCGACGACGACGAUGAUGAGGACUAAGUACACGAUGGGAACGUCGAAUGGAGCAUGCCCUAGUCACGAUUGGAUUAGACAACAACUUGUAGUCUGCUUCCUUUUGUUAACCCAGCAAAGCCAAAAGUUUAUUCAUCUUACUUUAUCCAUUUUGCAAUCUUAAAUCUAAUAUAACUUUAAGAACAACGAAUUUUUCUAUGUUCGAUUUGCUUUUUGAAUUCUGUUCUUCUACUUCUACAAAAAUCGAAACAAAUAUCUGCCAAGCUCUCUUUAUAAAGACUAUUGUUAGCAAAUUAAAUAAAACUCAUAAAAAUUAAACACGUGAGCAUGUGCGACUUGUUAUAUAAACUUAUCAGAAAGACGAUAUAAAAAUAAAUAUAUAUGUAUGUUAUGUCUACGCACAAAUGUUGCCCAGGUUUCUGCGGGUCGUUUGCUUGUAGGACAACACUAUAAGCUAAUUUAAGCCCGGAAUUGGGCUUUGGCCAGGAGCCUGCUAUAAAUUUUAAUAACUAGAAAAAAAUUCAUUUUAUUUGUUUUGCCGAAGUGGAAUUUUAUUUAAUGAAAUUUUCAGGGUGUACAAAUUUUAUGCUCUGCUCUUUUUUGACUGCUCGCUGUGCGCCUUUUCUACAAUUCAUUCGAACAUAUAUUUGGUUGGCUCAAAGCGGUUUGUUGUUCAAUCUUCAAAGUGCAAUCGAAUUUGUUAACAAAUAUAUCUUGAAUUUUACAAAUUAUUGGUUGUUUAUAUUUGUUAUAUAUAUAUAUAUAUUAUGUAUUCAAGUGUGUGUGUGUGUGUUAUAUUUUAUAAAACGUAAAAGGUUAUCGCACAAAAAAACAUCUGAAUAUUCCAAAUCGGGUUUUGGUUAUGUGUUGCUUUUAUUUUUGUUAUAUUUGUAAUAUUUUUUGCAGCUGUUUGCGUUAUAAAUGUUUUCGUGUUUUGCAAUUUUUUCAAAUGUUUUUGUUUUUUUUUCAUUUUUCAUUGUAUUUAUUAAAAAAAUAUGAAUUUCACUGCAUGCUACAUGGGCAUGGCCUAUUCUUUUUAUUUUUAUUCUUUUGCUUUAAUAUACUCGUAUGUAUGGUGUAAAAACAUCCUCCAUCUAACAAAAGGCUGAACGCAAAUAAUAAAAAAUAACUUGGCGUCCCGCUCGCUUUACAUGUUUUGCUUUUGUUUUAAUAUAUAUAUAUAUAUGCAAAUUGUAAUGUUUUUAUUUUUUAAUAAACAUAAAAAUUCUGCUUGAUCGCAUUUCUCCUGUCAACCUUUUCCACACGUUCUUUUUCGCGCUUUAGCGCCUUCAUGUUUUCGUGUAUUUCUCAUAUAUGUUUAUAUAUAUAUAUACAUAUAUAUGUAUAUUUUUUUUUUGUAUUUUUU